UAUAUAUAUAUAUAUAUAUAUAUAUUGAUGAAGUGGGAUUGAAUAGAAAGAAAGAAGUAGGAAGUGGGGAUGGGAGGAAUAGCGAAAAGGGGAUGGGAGCAGUACAUGCUGCAGCUCCAACUCCACCCCUUGAGAACCAAGGCAAUAACAGCAGGGGUGUUAGCAGGAAUCAGCGACACUGUUUCUCAAAAACUUUCUGGUUUCCGAACAAUCCAAUUCCGACGCCUUCUUCUCAAAGUGGUUUUUGGCUUUGCAUACGGAGGACCUUUUGGGCACUUCCUGCAUAAAUUGAUGGAUAUGAUUUUCAAGGGGAAGAAGGAUAGUAAAACAGUGGCUAAGAAGGUAUUGCUCGAACAGUUGACUUCUUCCCCUUGGAACAAUCUUUUUUUCUUGAUCUACUAUGGCUUGAUUGUUGAGGGAAGACCGUGGCCACAGGUUAAGUAUAAAAUCAAGAAGGAUUAUCUCUCAGUUCAGUUGACAUCAUGGAUGGUAUUUAUCUUGUCUUUAUGUUAUGCUAUUGUAGGUACAUGGUGUGUUUGGAUGCACUAUCAAACUGAAUUGUCUUCAUAUUCAGUUCUGGCCGAUUGUGGGGUGGGUCAAUCAUCAAUAUAUGCCACUGCAGUUGCGUGUUAUUUUCCACAGCUUUGUUGCUUGUUGCUGGGGUGUAUUUCUGAAUCUUCGCGCGAGGUCUCUGGCCUUAACUAAGGGUUAGGUGGAUUCGACAAGGAAUCAAAUGGCACAUCCUUUUUGGUGCUGCUGCUGCUGCUGCUGCUGCUGCUGCUGAGGUUGAAUGGCUUCUUGUUUCAAUUACGCAUGUGUGGCGCCGCAGGUCUGAGAUAUAUUUCUGUAUCCUGUAUUAUACAUGGAUCAAACUCAACCCCUUUUCACAUCUCCUCCAUCAUCAGCUUUGUUCCAAUGACUGCAUUUGCUUCUCUCAUCAUGUUGGAAUUAUCUACAAUUCAUUUUUCUUAAAUCCACUGUUUGCAGGACAUCGUCUGCAUAUAUUUCUUUA